AUGAGUGAUAAGAAUACCCGUAUUGCAAUCGUUUCUGAGGACAAAUGUAAACCAAAGAAGUGUCGUCAAGAAUGUCGGAAAUCAUGUCCUGUGGUUAAAACAGGGAAGUUAUGUAUUGAAGUCCAGCCAAAUAGUAAGAUUGCAUUUAUUUCCGAAACACUAUGUAUCGGUUGUGGUAUCUGUACCAAAAAGUGCCCGUUUGAUGCGAUUCAAAUUAUCAAUUUACCAACAAACUUGGAGAAUGAAGUCACACAUAGAUAUUCGGCAAACUCGUUUAAAUUGCAUAGAUUACCUAUGCCUAGACCUGGUCAGGUUUUGGGUUUGGUUGGUACUAACGGUAUCGGUAAAUCCACUGCUUUAAAAAUCUUGUCUGGUAAAUUAAAGCCUAACUUGGGAAGAUAUGAUGAUCCACCACAAUGGGAAGAUAUUAUCAAACACUUCAGAGGUUCUGAAUUGCAGAACUACUUCACCAAAGUUUUAGAAGAACAGAUCAAAGCUAUCAUCAAACCCCAAUAUGUUGACAAUAUUCCAAGAGCUAUCAAGGGCCCAUUAAAUAAAGUUGGUGAGUUACUAAAGGCUAGAUCUGACGGUGUUGACUCAAAUAACAUUAAGGAAGUUAUUAAAAUGACUGACUUGGGAAAUCUAUUAAAUAGAGAAGUCUCGAAAUUGUCUGGUGGUGAAUUACAGAGAUUUGCUAUUGGUAUGACAUGUAUUCAAAAAGCCAACGUGUAUAUGUUCGAUGAACCAUCUUCUUAUUUAGAUGUCAAGCAAAGAUUACUAGCUGCUUUGAUAAUUAGAUCUUUGUCCGAUACAGAGGUGUAUACCAUUGUCGUUGAGCACGAUUUGUCCGUUUUGGACUACUUGUCAGAUUAUGUCUGUAUCCUCUAUGGUGUUCCAUCUGUUUAUGGUGUUGUCUCCUUCCCUGCGUCCGUCAGAGAAGGUAUCAACAUCUUCUUGGAUGGUCAUAUUCCAUCAGAAAACUUGAGAUUUAGAACCGAAUCAUUACAAUUCAGAUUAACGGACGCAUCCGAUCAUAUGUUGAUUGAACAAACCUCAAGUUUUACCUACCCAGAUAUGGUUAAGACUCAAGGUGAUUUCAAAUUACAUGUUGAGGCAGGUUCAUUUAAUGACUCUGAAAUCAUUGUCAUGAUGGGAGAAAAUGGUACCGGUAAGACUACACUGUGUAAGCUCUUAGCUGGUGCAAUCGCACCAGAUGAUGGCUCCAAAGCACCAGAAUUACUGGUUUCUAUGAAACCACAAAAGAUUGCUCCUAAAUUUACAGGUACCGUUAGACAACUAUUCUUGAAGAAAAUCAGAGCAUCCUUUUUACAUCCACAAUUCAACACAGAUGUUAUCAAGCCAUUGAGAAUUGAAGAUAUUAUUGAUCAGGAAGUUCAACAUUUAUCUGGUGGUGAAUUGCAAAGAGUUGCAAUUACAUUGGCAUUGGGUAAGCCAGCAGAUAUUUAUUUGAUCGAUGAACCUUCUGCAUAUUUGGAUUCUGAACAACGUAUCAUUUGUGCUAAAGUUAUCAGAAGAUUCAUUAUUCACUCCAAGAAAACUGCAUUUAUUGUUGAGCACGAUUUCAUCAUGGCUACAUAUAUGGCAGACAAGGUUAUGGUCUUUGAAGGUAAGCCUUCUGUUGAUGCAACUGCAAAGAAACCUGAAUCAUUACUAACUGGUUGUAACAGAUUCUUGAAAAACUUGAACGUCACCUUCAGAAGAGACCCAACUUCUUUCAGACCAAGAAUUAACAAGCUAGACUCUCAAAUGGAUAAGGAACAAAAGGCAAAUGGUGACUAUUUCUUCCUUGAAAAUAACAAGUUAUAA